AUGAUACAUUUACCCACAAUUGAUUUGAUUUCUAUUCCUAAAUCUAAUGAAAAUGAAAAAAAUGAAGCCUCUUUUGAUUUUAGAAGAUUUAAGCUCAAAAAGAUUACAAAAAUGAACCAUUCACUUUAAAUUAAGUUAAAUAUAGUAAACAAAGAUUCAAACGCCAAAAAUUAAGUGGCAUUUGGAUCUUCUUAAGAAAGGAGAAAGCCUUCAGGAAAAAAAUUUCCUCCAUUAUAAUAUGAUUUAAAUUUUAAGUCUGUUGAUAGGCAUCAAGCAUCUCCAAAACUAAGGACAAUAAGAAGUACAAGAAUAAAAUCUGAAGUCUCAUAAUAAUAUUGUGAACGAUUUCCAUAUUCAUUUCUUAAAACUGAAACCAUAGAAUAAACAAUCUAACCAACUAAAUUAAAUUGUCUAUAAAAAUUGAUAAAGAAAGUGAGAUCUCCAAAAAUUGAAUUAUAAUCUAGUAUUAUGCUUAAAUAAGAUGAAUUCAUACCGAUGAGUUCAAAGGAACUUAAAGAAAGCUUAAUAUCUUUAAUGUAAAAUAUUUUUAAUUUUUAGGCACAAGUAUGGCAUAAGAUAAAAUGAGAUUAGAAAAUGA